AUGAGUACCUGUAAAAAGGCCAGGGCGGAAUCUACAUCUGUUGUGAGUUCAGACAGACUGAGCAGUCUACCUCCAGAGAUAAAGGGCGACAUCCUAACCCGUCUGAAUGUCGAAGAAGCGGUUAGGACUAGCACCUUAUCAACUACUUGGAGGGAUGCAUGGACUAAUAUGCCAAAAAUAUUUCUGCGCGAUGGAAAUUUUGCAAGAACCAAGUUCGUCACAUUAGUCGAUAUGGUGCUAUCACUCCACAAGGGAACUGUAGAGAAGUUCGAUAUUUCAGGUAGCAAAACUUACCAUAACGAGUUCGACAGGUGGAUGCUCAUGCUUUCAAGGAGAUCACCAAGAUCAAUUAUAAUGGAGUUGAAAUCAGGGCCUGGUUAUAGGAUUCCCUCAUGUCUAUUUUCCAUCGGCGAUUUAGAGAUUCUGUACCUGCAAAACUGCAUCAUCAGCUUGCCCCAGGUAUUCCAAGGUUUCAAGAGAUUAACUCGCCUCAACCUGAAAAAUUUCUCGUCUACAGACAUGGACAUCCAAAAUCUGGUCUCCUUCUGCCCCAUACAGAGUUUUUUGGAACUAGCUUCUUUUGAGGGCAUCAACCAUCUAACCGUUCAAGCUCCUAAACUGAAACUUCUUUAUCUUGUUGGGGACGUUGAGGACAUUAAUUUGGAUGCCCCUAAUUUGGAGAUGGCUGCUCUCUUUCUUGAUCACAAAGCUAUAGCACAUCAUUCUGAUCCAAUUGCGCUUCACAAGGAAAGCUAUGUCAAGCAGUUAGUGGGAAGCCUAAGUGACAUCAAAACCCUUGCAAUUAGCGACUCUUUACUGAGGUAUCUAUCAAAAGGUUGCAUACUUACAAAGCUCCCUGCCGUGUUUGCUCACCUGGAGGAUAUUUAUCUUGCGAUAUGCUUUGGGGACCAGCGGCAAUUCUUGGCCGCUUGUUCAUUGUUUCAGAAUGCCCCUAACUUAAAGAAGCUUGACUUGUGGGUACGUAUGCCUCCAGUAAAUCCUCUCCCUUCCUCAGUCAUUCAACCCAUCACAUGGGAUCAGGAUCAGGAUCAGGCGAGCAUUCCAGAGCUUACCAUGCAAGUGCAAUUGGAUCAUCUCGUAACAGCCAGUGUGAAAGGUUUCAGGGGUGUGGACUGCGAAGUUGGUUUCGUGGAAAAGCUACUGAACUGGGCACCAGCUCUGGAAGAAGUGAAGAUAGAAUGGAUGGGCAAAACAGAGUGCAGCAUGGUUCUUGCUAAGCUAUUAGCUCUGCCGAGGGUGUCUCCCAGGGCGAAGGUCAUUGUUACAUUUUGA